CUCCCCAGCCCCGGCCCCGGCCCCCGCCCACCCCCGGGGUGGAGGCAGCCGCGCCGAGCCGCCCGCGGGAAGAAGGCAGCGCUCUGCCGGGCUCCGCGCCGCUCCGCGCCCCUCCGCGGGGCCAUGCAGCGCCCCUGCCCCCCCGCUACGAGCGGUGCCCCUCGCCCCGUCGCCCCCCGCGCAGCCUGAGCGCCUCGCGGGGGCUCCGCGCCGCUCCGCGCCCCUCCGCGUCCCUCCGCGCUCGGCGGUGGGACGGGGCUGGCGGAGGCAGAGGCGGCACCGAAAAGCUCCGCGGCUCUGCGCGACUCCCCCGCAGCCCCGGCCAUGGGGAAGGGGCUGGAAGGGACGGCGGCCCGCUGCGGGCUGGGACUGGGAUACCUGCUGCAGACCGUGGUGCUCCCCGCCCUGGCCGUCCUGGGGGCCAGCCGCCCCGGCUCCGCGGCGCAAGAUGAUGAUUUUUUUCAUGAACUUCCAGAAACUUUUCCAUCUGAUCCUCCAGAGCCCUUACCCCACUUCCUCAUUGAACCCGAAGAGGCUUACAUUGUGAAGAACAAGCCUGUGAAUCUAUACUGCAAAGCGAGCCCAGCCACGCAGAUCUAUUUUAAGUGCAACAGCGAAUGGGUUCAUCAGAAGGACCAUGUGGUAGAUGAGAGAGUAGAUGAAACCUCUGGUCUGAUUGUCCGAGAGGUAAGCAUUGAGAUUUCCCGCCAGCAAGUCGAGGAACUCUUCGGGCCCGAAGAUUACUGGUGCCAGUGCGUUGCCUGGAGCUCUGCAGGCACCACCAAGAGCCGGAAAGCCUACGUCCGCAUCGCAUAUCUCCGGAAAACUUUUGAGCAGGAGCCCUUGGGGAAAGAAGUGUCCCUGGAGCAAGAGGUCCUGCUCCAGUGCCGUCCCCCCGAAGGCAUCCCCGUAGCCGAGGUGGAGUGGCUGAAGAAUGAAGAGGUGAUUGAUCCCGUGGAAGACCGAAAUUUUUACAUCACCAUCGAUCACAACCUGAUCAUUAAGCAAGCCCGGCUUUCUGACACAGCCAAUUACACUUGUGUUGCCAAAAACAUCGUGGCCAAAAGGAAGAGCACCACAGCGACUGUGAUUGUCUAUGUGAACGGAGGCUGGUCUACCUGGACCGAGUGGUCAGUGUGUAACAGCCGAUGCGGGAGAGGCUUUCAGAAGCGUACGAGGACCUGCACCAAUCCUGCCCCACUCAACGGUGGUGCCUUCUGCGAGGGCCAGAGUGUUCAGAAAAUAGCUUGCACCACUCUGUGUCCAGUGGACGGCAAGUGGACGUCCUGGAGCAAGUGGUCCACCUGCGGCACAGAGUGCACCCACUGGCGCCGGAGGGAGUGCACGGCCCCGGCGCCCAAGAACGGGGGGAAGGACUGCGAGGGGCUGGUGCUGCAGUCCAAGAACUGCACCGACGGGCUCUGCAUGCAGGGUUUCAUUUAUCCUAUUUCAACUGAACAGAGAACGCAGAAUGAAUAUGGAUUUUCUUCUGCUCCUGACUCAGAUGACGUUGCUCUCUACGUCGGGAUCGUCAUAGCCGUGAUCGUGUGCCUGGCUAUUUCCGUGGUCGUGGCCCUGUUUGUCUAUCGCAAGAACCACCGUGACUUUGAGUCAGAUAUUAUCGACUCCUCAGCGUUAAAUGGGGGAUUUCAGCCUGUUAACAUCAAGGCUGCAAGGCAAGACCUCCUGGCAGUGCCACCAGACCUCACUUCUGCUGCAGCCAUGUACAGGGGUCCUGUUUAUGCCUUGCAUGAUGUCUCUGAUAAAAUCCCAAUGACCAAUUCUCCAAUCCUGGACCCACUGCCCAACCUGAAGAUCAAGGUUUAUAACACCUCCGGCGCAGUCACACCCCAGGAUGACCUCUCUGAUUUCUCCUCCAAGCUGUCCCCGCAGAUUACGCAGUCUCUGCUGGAGAACGAGACCCUGAACAUGAAGAACCAGAGCCUUGCUCGGCAAACAGACCCAUCGUGCACCGCAUUUGGGACCUUCAACUCCUUAGGAGGUCACCUAGUAAUUCCCAAUUCAGGAGUAAGCUUGCUGAUCCCAGCGGGGGCCGUUCCACAAGGGAGAGUCUAUGAAAUGUAUGUGACAGUUCACAGGAAGGAGAACAUGAGGCCGCCUGUAGAAGACAGCCAAACCCUGCUGACGCCGGUGGUGAGCUGCGGGCCUCCAGGAGCACUGCUAACCCGACCCGUCAUUUUAACCAUGCACCACUGCGCAGAACCGAACACGGAGGACUGGCAGAUCCAGCUGAAGCACCAGGCUGCCCAGGGGCCAUGGGAGGAUGUGGUGGUGGUUGGAGAGGAAAACUUCACCACUCCGUGCUAUAUCCAGCUGGACCCCGAGGCCUGCCAUAUCCUGACAGAAACCCUCAGCACGUAUGCAUUGGUGGGACAGUCAAUCACCAAAGCAGCAGCCAAACGUCUCAAACUGGCCAUCUUUGGACCACUGUCCUGCUCUUCCUUGGAAUACAGCAUCCGGGUCUACUGCCUCGAUGACACACAGGAUGCCCUUAAGGAGGUUCUCCAGCUUGAGCGGCAGAUGGGCGGGCAGCUUUUGGAGGAGCCCAAAGCUUUGCAUUUUAAGGGAAGCACCCACAACCUCCGCCUGUCCAUUCAUGACAUUGCCCACUCUCUCUGGAAGAGCAAACUGCUGGCUAAAUACCAGGAGAUUCCCUUUUACCACAUCUGGAGCGGGUGCCAGAGGAGCCUGCACUGCACCUUCACACUGGAAAGGUUCAGCCUGAAUACCCUGGAGCUGGUGUGCAAACUCUGCGUGCGGCAGGUCGAAGGAGAAGGGCAGAUCUUCCAGCUCAACUGCUCAGUCUCAGAGGAACCUUCUGGCAUCGAUUAUCCUCCUAUGGACUCAGCAGGCACCAUCACCACCAUAGUAGGGCCCAGCGCGUUCAGCAUCCCCCUCCCGAUAAGGCAGAAGCUGUGCAGCAGCCUGGACGCGCCCCAGACCAGGGGCCACGACUGGCGGAUGCUGGCCCACAAGCUGAAACUGGACAGGUACCUGAAUUAUUUUGCUACGAAAUCAAGUCCCACUGGGGUGAUCCUGGAUCUCUGGGAAGCCCAGAAUUUCCCUGAUGGCAACCUGAGCAUGCUGGCAGCGGUUCUUGAAGAAAUGGGAAGACAUGAAACCGUUGUUUCUUUGGCAGCAGAAGGAAAUUACUGAUGCAGCUUUGGCGUGAACAGGAAGGACAGACGCAGGGAGUGGUAAUGCCCUGUUAUUACAAACGAGAAUUGAAAUGAAAACCCAGACCAAUGAGUUACACAAGAGACAUUUCAGAGAAGAAAGCAAGCAAACAAACAAACAAAAAAAAACCAGCCCUGACCUUCACACGUGCUCUCCUUGUACAUUAUCACAGGAUCUAAAAAAAAUCAUGCAAAGUUGUACCUUGAAAAUAUAAAUCAACCUAAUGUUCCUCUCGGCUUGGCUGUACACUGCUUGGUACAGGAUUUUACAGUUUCCUAGGAAACGCUUUUUAUUGCUAUCCAGAUAUAUGGAUAAACUUUCUUAACAAUCCCAAUUUCUAUGGAUGUUGUUUACAUCAAAUUCUGGACAGGGGUAAGGAGACUGUCCAUGGCUCUUUAUAUUUUUUGUUUAAAGCCAUUCUAGACAAGGCUAUGGACAGUCAGCUUAUUGGUUUCUGGUGAAUUCAGAUUUUGGCUACAGUUCUGCACGAGUGUCUCACAAUGAUCCUCCUGUCAUUGUUCUGUUUCCUAGACCUAGUUGUAAAAAGAAAAAAAAAAAAAACCAAACAACAAGAAAAUCAGAGUUUAAGAGGCGUGCAUCUGGAAAGCAGGUACUCUGGGUGCUAAGCAGGAACACACGUAACAUCCCCUUCCUUCCCCAAGGCAGUCCCACUGAGCCUGUGUGGAGAACAGCUGUAGGACAGUGGGGAACGUGGGAUCAGACUUCAUUUUCAAUUCACAAUGUAACAACACCCUUUCCACCCCUUUGCGAUAUGAGGGGGCCAGAUAUGCAAUUCAGAGUGGUUAGGGGGGAAAAAAAUGAAAUCCAGAAAAAAAUAAAAAAGAGAAGUUGCUAUGAUAAUUAUUUACUAAUUAGUAUCUAGUGCAAGGAUUAUAAUUAUUAUUAUUAUUACCAUUAUUACUUUAUUUCUAAUUUUGUCAGCAGCAGAAUGAAUCAUUCCUGUUUUUAUGGAACCUGUUGUCCCUUUCCUGAAGGUCUUUUAAGAUAUGUCCCUCUAUAUGCUGUCUGUCCUUCCCUUCUCCAGCCAUCACACUCCUCCUCCAAAGUCCUCUGCUAGCCCACACGGCUCACUCACCUCAUGUUAGCACUGCUGUGCUUCGUGCCCAAUGCAAAGGUGGUAUAAACUGGUGACGUUCCGCUGAAGCCACUGAUCUGCACCAGUAAAGGGUCCAACCCUGCACCCCUUCCUGGGAUGUUUUGCACCACCUUGGUGCCUCCAGGUUGUUCCAAGAAGCAAUCCUGUCCCGAGGUGGCUGUGAAUCAGCGACAGCCUCCCAGUCCAAAUACCUGUAGCCCACUGGUUCAGGAGCACGGGUGCAAGCAUGUGGAGACACUGACGUUGACUGCCUGAUUUGUGCAUCCAAGGUGGGCCUCCAUAUGUCUUGCUUUGCUUUGAAGUGGUCUGAGAGCCAGCAGCUCCCGUUAGCUCCUCAUAGAGUUGCAGGUACUCACUUACUGAAACCCACCACCUCCCAUAAUGUUUGUGGUUGUCAGAGCUACUGGGACCCUUCUGCUGGGUCAUUUCUGGGUGAGAUGCACUCGGCGGAUCUCCGCAGAUAUUCCCAGGCUUGCUGCAGCCAGGGAAGCCGCUGCCGCGUUGGCCAGUGUAGGGUGAUGGAGUGGUGAAGUCGAAACUCCGGGUACUGCAGUCUGCUGUUCUGCCCUGUGCUCCCUCCACUGCUGCCGCCUGGGCAGGGAGGUGCAGGUCCUCACUGGCUAACGAGGGGGACAUUUGUCCCGCUCAGCCACAUCCCUCGUGGCCACCACAAACAGGUCAAGUGGGACCUUGGCAAAAGGAGUGCACUCUUGCUUUUUUCAGUUGUCACUGCAAAGGUAUUUUAUUUUCUGCUCAGUGAAAAGACUGACUCCUUGGUACCUGACAGCCUAUUGGAUCGCAGUAGUUUUACUGCCAGACUUGUCUGUCCUCUACUUCUGGUGCAAAGAAGGUUUUCUUCCCCAGCCUGUCUGCUCCAGGUUUCCAGCCAGGCCCUGGUUAUUGCUGUUGUGUACACACGCAUGCCCCUGCCCACACACAUGUUCCAGCUUCAUCUCCUUUCUGAGACUGGAGUUGGUUUAAUUUCUUUUGUGGUUUUGGUUUUGUUUUUCCACAAGGCUUUCCAGAUUGCACCUUUAAAGGUAACUUUGAAAAUGUUGUUGGUCAAAAUGAAAGGAAAAUUUCAUCUGACCUUUUUCCCAUUUGACAUUUCCAUAGGCUUGGGAUUUUUUGUUUUUAAUUUCUCAGCUAAGAUUGCUGGGCAGUGACCACAAAGCACUCCCUUCCUCAUAAGAGGCAACCCAGCAGUUUGCAAACUAGCAUUUCAGUCAAAACCAGAGACUAGAGGACAUACAUUUCAACAUCUGUCUGCAUUUUGCCUGUGUAAGCCCAACCUUCUCUGAAUGCAGCGAUGCCAAGGGCGUCCUUUCUACAACCAACCAUCUUCCUUUUAGCCUUGGGCAUCUGAUGCAGUCCAUUGCAAUGGGCUUUUAACUUCAGGAGACUUUGACUGGAGCUUCCAGCUCUGCCCUUUCCCUACGUUUUUUUACUCAUCUGAGAGCUCUACAUUGGCUCUCAAAAGAUAGAUCUCAGCUUUUCUUCCUACUGUGCCAUCUUCAGGUGUAACUAGUUGUACUUAGUUCACGUUUUCCCCCCUUCCUGCGUGUCCUUGCUGCGUGACUCCUCUUCCAAGGCAGGUACCUGAGCUGACCUGUCCUUCGGCCCCCUUUCCCCUCUUCGGCUCAGUCUUUGUUAGCUGAAGCCCAGGCUCACUGGUACUCCUGGCUCUUGGCUUUGGCUAGGUGGGCAGCGUGCACACCCUUCUCACAGGGGCCUCGCCAGGAAGUGUCUCGUAGCUGUCUGUAAUCGCUACGAGUCCAUGCUCCUUUUGCCAGCUCUCUGACCUAUCCCCCAAUCCCUCCUUCAAGAAAAACAGAUGAGCACCUUUCUUAAAAUCUUCUGGAGCGUUUUCCUUUUACAGCAUCACUGUGAGGAGGAUUUUAUUGAGAGGAAAAGGCGCUCUGGUUAAGAGGGGCAUCCACAGAGGUAGAUGGUGGUCAAGAAUAUCACUUAGGGCAGUAGCAUUGCUGUCGCUAGGAGGUGGAGCUGCUCUUCCAUUCCAGCUGCUCAGAAACCUUUCCUCACCCACUGCAAUCACAGGCAGGGUGGUUUCUCCAUCCCCUGCUCCAUCAGCUUUUGCAGGGUCCCUGUGUGGUGCCGUGCAAGCUGCCCCAGCCCUGGCAGGGCAGGGAGAAGGUGCUGAGGACGGGGACGUUUCCUCCACAGAGUCACACCUCAUCCCAGCAGCUCUGCACUCGUGCUUCGCCACCGCUGCUUGUGGCAGCUCCCACUUCACCUGACACCACCCCUGCAUUAAUUUUGCUCAGUUUUUUUUGUUUUAUUUCUGGGGGUACCACACUGGCAGGGCGUGCGGCCGGGGAAAGGGCUCUGGGCCAGGCCGGUAGUGUACACCCCUCAGCAUCCCCAUCCUGCUGCCCCAAGGAGGGCAGGUGGGAAGCAAGGGUGGCUAGAUCUGCUCGGGAUAUUAUGUUUGGUGGGAGAAAAAAAACCAGCAGUGGUCCCUCCGCCUGGAUUGCGUGGACACAGUGCCAUCUCGUGGGGCUGAGCCCCAGCUCCAACACACCACCGCCGCAGAGAGCAACAUUGCUCGGGAAAAGGCUUUCCCGUGGGGCAGCUCUUGAAAAAUGGCAAAUAAGUUUGGCAGACAGAACCGACUCUUAAGAGUUAUUGUAACAUUUUAUGUCAGGUAAGCACAUCUACUUUUAAAAAAAAAAAAAAAAAAGGCUGCAGGCUUCUAAUCCUCCAGUUAUUACUACUUUUUUAAAUGCUUAUCCUUUUAGUUGUCCACCUUCUGCUAUGUGCUGUAGCAGUUUUGCUGCUCUUCACACCAUCUCUUCAUUACAUGUUGAUUGCUAGCGCUAUAAAUAAUAUAUAUUAUAUAAAUAUAUAUAAAAUAUCUAUUGACUUCAAUGAAAACCUUUAAUUUCUGAGUAAGAAACACUAUCAGAGACAGUCCUUUUCACUUGAUUUUUUUUCCUUCAGUUCUUCUUGUGUUGUGUUCUUGUAAAGGUGACUGUCAGUGUAUAGGGUAAUUUCGGGGUUUGGGUCUUUUUUUUACUAAAUUUCUGAUCACAUCUGAUCCACUGUAUUUUGCUAAAGAGCGCAAGACCUAAGUGCUGUUUUACAGAAUCUCGAAAGUUUUGAGGCAGUGAGGGUCUCUUGAGUCAAGAUUUGCUUCCAUGGGAGACCAAGACUUUUUUUUCCGUACCGCUGGCAGAAAUGCAGACACUCGUGAGACAUGUUGGAGUCUGGGAUGCCCACAGAGCAAAACAUGUCUGUUCCUUGGGUUUCUUGCUAUUUCUGUUGCUUACAUGUAGAAUAAAUGUAUUUACAUGCUGUAAGCCCAUCAUUGUGGACAGUGUCCUAAUGUUUUGUAUUGCACACUACAAUAGUUUCUUUUUGGUUCUGCUUUUCUUC